AUGACGAGGUUCUUGGAGAAAUACUUUCCCGACAGCGCUAAACAUGAGCGCGAGGCAGAAUUCCUCACCCUGCAGCAGGGAAAUUUGUCAGUGCAGGACUAUGUGGAGAGGUUUGAGUACCUCUCAAGAUUCUACUCGCAGACAGUAACGGAGGAGUGGCGCUGUAGAAAGUUUGAGGGCGGCCUCAAACAUGAGCUGAGGCGUUUCAUUGUGCCACUGAGGGUGCGAGAGUUUCCGAUUUUGGUUGAGCAAGCCAAGAGUGUAGAGCAGCUAGAGAUGGGACCCAACCGGGUCAACCGCACACAGAAGAAUAGUGCUGAGGGCAGAUUCCAGAAGAAGCCCUAUAGUAGACCAGUUGCGUCUUCAUGGAAACCGAGGUGCUAUAAUUGUGGGGGUGAACAUCUGUAG